AUGCCAGAAACAGACAGAAGAAACUCUGCUGAGAUAAACUUAGCUGACAAUGCUUUGCCGAUUCCUAUUCAGAUAUUUUUGUGGAAACAAGUGGGCCCAUUUGUUAGGCCCAAAUUGGGGAAGCUCCACGAAGCAUCAUGCAUGUUCUGCCAACAUGCGAUGACUGGCCAUCAUGAAUUGAAAGAAGCUUGCAAAUCCUUCGAGAAGGUAUUGGUUCAAAACAUACAAACAGGGUUGAAACCGGAUUUAACAGAGGCGAUAAAAUCGAUUCCAAGAUGGCGACUGAUUCAAGCUUCCUUACCUCAUGUAAUGCAUGCAGUAGCAUCAAUUUUAUACAACAGAAUGAAAGAUGGAAAUAUCCAAAGUCUGGGAGCUGUGGAAACCAAAUUACUAUACACAUUGCACUGGAUAAUAUUGGACGCAGUAGACGAAUGCGCAGACGAAGAUUUUGAAAGAGGAGUUUACCACACCUCUCCCUUUUACUAUCUAUUUUCGAUCCCAACGUUGACACUGUUUAUCUACCUGUUUGCACCCAUUUGCCAUAACUUGAAAGAGUCAGAUUUCCAAAACUUUCGACUGGAGAAUGGGUUGAAAAUUUGGCAAGCGAUGUGGGAGUUCAGGCAUCCCGAUGCUCCUUGUUUUGUCACUCAUUGUAAACCGAAACCAAGGUUUUUGAAUGGAAAACAUUUAAAAAACAAACAGCAGUUUGGAGAUGUAUUUCUUGGGCGUAAACCGUCCCAGGAUGAUCCACUAGGCCACGACAGCCCUACAAUGAGUCAGGGGGUUAGCGCUUCCAGUUCAGAACAGCAACAAUAUUUUCCUACAGCUGGAUCUGCCACCACUGUGACGAUAACUGCAACAAUAACUAAGAUAGACGAUGAGGAAAGUUCUAGUACAGAGGAAGAACAUGUUGUCAUUUUUCGUUUACCAUCUCUUCACGAAUCAGAUGGCUUCAUCAGAGACCCUUCGAUAUAUACUGCUGAGACGAGCAUCAUUCAGUUAGCUUUGAGACGAAAUGGAAGAAAUAAUAACGUAAAAACUGAAAAUAUUGCUGCUGCCACUGGAUCGGAAAAUAAACCUGCCGGUGCCAAACCACCAAUGCAGAAGAUAGGAUCUUCAACCGAUAAAGAUUCGAUGGAUAGUAGCAAACUGGCAUCCACUGAUGGAUGUCAAAAAGAUGAUACUAGUAAAGGCAUGAUGCCCGUUCACGACAUAUCUGCAGCAACAUUUUUGGACGUUGCUGUGCUUAGAUGUCUUUUCAUUACCCAUUGGCAAGAAGAAGGGAUUUACUGGGCAUUGCAUUACAUGUACAACAGGUUGAGGGAUAUAAGUGAUGAAUCUGUUGGUCAGCAACAACCUAGGAAAAGAAGUAAUUCUUUACCUAUACCAAAGAUUGAAGUGUCUUUAUAUCAAAGCACUGAAUCGAGAAAAGGUGAUAACAGUAAUAAGGAUUUCAUUGAAGUUCCUGAGCCUAAGGAUGUUUCCUUGCACGCAGAAUCUCCAUAUCACAGUCAAACAAAAUCUGACGAGUCUCUUCACAAAAGAACCGCGAGCGAAAAAAGCAAACGACGAAUGAAAAUAGCGGAUUUAAAAACUUUCGUCGAAACCAAACUAUUAUCGAAAUCUGAUAAAGCUCUGGAAAAAAUCGGACAGGAGGAACAAAAACCUCUUGGACAAGUUUCGGAUUGCCACCGGAGCUUAGAUACAGGGGACGACCAUCUUUCCAGGCCUAAGUCCACUAUAUCAAAAAUGUACGAACGAUAUGAACCUAACACCACUAAUUUAAUCAAGGGAAAAAGUAUGCCCAGCCUCAGGUAA